UUCAACAUCUGAGCCCAGAAAGUAUUGUAAGCAGAUUAGUUGCAUGAACUAUUUUAAUAUGUGCCAAGUAAAAGUCAUCUGACAAAAAAAAUGCUUUCAAAACUGUACUCAUAGUAAAAUUUUCUGUAGUUUUAAAACUUAAAAAAAGUUGGUCAAAAGGUCAAAGUCAAGGGCAUCCUAGGACAACAUUGAUCAAUUUGAACAAACAUUCACUAUCAAUUGUGCUGAGAUGGAUGCACGAACACACAAAAAGAUUUUCAAACCUUUCCAGAUUUAUGUUUACCAAACCUGUGAACCCUGGGUGUGGCCAGUAAUGACACCAGGUGCAUAACUUAAACAUUCACAACCAAUUUUGUUAAUAUGAAUGCGCAAACUACAGAACUUAAAGCUAAAAAAUGGCCUUUGGGCUUUCAACAAGAACAAGGCAGAGUAAUUCACAAAAUCAGCUGCAGAAGCAAAAAGCAAAUUGUCUCUCAAAAUCCUAGACUUGCAAAUUGUCUCCCUUAACUCUAGACUUGAAUUUACAUGUACAUGUAAACUUGGCUAAAAAUAGAAUUCGCUCAUGCAGACCUGGCUAAAAAUAGAGAGCAUUUCUUUAAAACUUUCAUAGCCCAUAAUCUAGGCAUGCAUGGGCGGAUCUGGCUGGUUUUCGAAAGGAACCCAGCUCUAAUGGAUAUCUAAAUACUGUACAAGUUUCAUUGAGAUACAAUAAAAACUGAAGACUGUAUCGUGUUCACAACCAAUUGUUUACACAAUAGCAUUUUUUAUACUAUCAAGGGCCAUAUAUUAGGCAUGCAUGGGCGGAUCUGGCUGGUUUUCGAAAGGAACCGAGCUCUAAUGGAUAUCUAGAUACUGUUCAAGUUUCAUCGAGAUACAAUCAAAACUGAAGACUGUAUCGUGUUCACAAGCAAUUGUUUACAGACGCACGGACGCACGGAUGCACAUACUACGUACACAUUACCAUCGCAUAAGCUCUUCUGGCCUUUGGCCAGUAGAGCUAAAAACAAAAACGAAAUGUAUCAAUUCCUAUGCGUUAAUUUUUGUAAACCAUGCAAAAUAAGAUCAGGGAAUUGCGUUUUUCCCGGUUAAAUGACGAUAUGCCCCAACGUGGGACUUGCAGCCUUGUUCUUGGAUUGAUGUUUACGAAAUAUAUUUAUAGAAAACGACACCAUGACUAAACGCGCUUUUGCCUUAGGUAUUGUACAACAAUACAGGACAUGUAUCCUUAAACGUUAAACCAUACAGUUAAUUUUUGUACGCAAGAGCGUUAUAUUGUAAACAUGGAAACAGUUUAAAGCACAUAACUAGCACAUGUCCUUCGUAUCAUCAAGGCGAUUUGAACAAUAUCGCCAAGCUUGAUUAGCAGUGAAGACAACACAUUGGUAAAAAGGCCGAUCUCUUAAACCCUUAAUUGGCAUGGUCAUUUAAAUGUACCCAACAUAAUUGGAAUGUGUUUUAUGUCACUUGUCUUACAGCCAGUAAAUGCAAAAUUACGGGACUGUUUAUAGAAGUUUAUUAAUUUAUUAAUUCAACAAAAACAUCGAAUAUUUGAAUACCUAUUUUGGCAUUCGAAUACCAAACGUUCGAUCGAAUAUUCGUUUGCAUCCCUAGUUUGUACACAAAGCAAAAUAAAUCAGCAGUAGCAAUGGUCAAAGUAAAUAUCAACCCCAUAUAAUGAAUCAUGACGUUAUCAAUGAGAUCACAAUAGUGAGAGUGACUUUGAGAUAGUUUACACUAAACUGGGCAACAGGAUUAAAACUUUUUGUGAAGCUGUACAUUUAUAAGCCAUGCAUACCUGAACACAAAAAUAACUUUUGAUGCAUAAAAUAAGACAUGUUAUAACAAUAUUAAAUACAAAAAUAAUCUAAAAACAUCAAUUCAAAUACAUACAUGUUUAUCAUGAGGUAAGCUAUUUGUUUAGAAUUGAAUCAUAGCUCUUUAGUCACCCAGAUUUUGCCCUGUUUGUUUGGUCUACAUACAUUUAUCUGGGUCAAUGGUUCAAAUGUAAUUGAAUGUUACCAUGCUAUUAUCUGGGUAAAUUAACCAGCAAAUCAUAUGCUCAUGUCUCAAUAAAUGAUCUUGAUUCUAACCCUGUAUACAGGGUUGUGAAAUGGUUCGCCAUUGUAUCAGUGAUUCAUGAAUGAGUAGCUCACAUGGUUGAACAUUGUACUUUUAUUUUACUAUUUAAUAGCUACUGACAACACACUUUUGUAUAUUAUUUAACAAAGCAACAUUGGAAGAGUGUCAUUCACUUAGUUAUUAAUUGAAUAAUUGGAAAUUUGACAGCUAAAAAAACAUACAUUUGUUCUAAAAUUCAACAAUGUCUCCAGGAAGGGGAAUACAUCUAGUUACAGCUGCAGUCUGUGGUAUAUUAAUGUUGUGUAGCUCGGAAUCGUCAGCCAUGAGACCACCAUGGUUACCACAUAGUCAUUACUCAGCAAACACAUCUGACAUUGAAAAAGCUGUCAAUGAUUUCAAAUUAAAGGGGAGUUCCAUUUUCUCACUUAUUUCAGAAUAUCUGGACUUACAAGCCUUAGAAUUAGAUUCAUUACACAACGCAAGUUUUGAUUGUGUAAAUGACACCAUGAAAGUGAUAAAUGACUUGAAAACUGAGGGGAGGGCAAUAUAUGCAGAGCAAUUCCUAGAUGCAGAGGCAAAAAUUCCCCCUGGAGUUCUACAAGGACACAGAGUGUGGGUGGGAGAUUACCAUGAGUGUAUAAACAUCCAACCCUACCCUACUGAACAAGCCCCCUACUACAAAGACAAGUUCACAGGAAAAUAUUUCACAGUGAACUUCAGAAGUACGCUGUACAUAGGAGUGUGUAUGCCAAGCUCAUGUAGCCGGUAUGAUGUUCAAGCUUUAGUGUCAAAAGUGCUUCCACCAGGAGAUGUACAAAAUGUUUACACCUCAGAUCGUAUUGAGAUUGAUUCCGCAAUAGUGGGAGGAUUAUUUCUUUGCUCAGUGAUUGCGUUGACAGCCUUGAUAGGAACUGUAGUGGACAUAUACAUGCUGUACCAUGGCACAACGAUUGGCAAAGAAGUCAUACAUAACAAUGGCUACACCAGUCUUGACACUAAUGCAACAGAGAAUACAGGACUGCUUGCAGAUAAGGAAUUUAAUAUACAAAAGCCUGACCAGGGUGACAUCAAAAGAGCGUUAUUCAAAGUGCUUAAAUCAUUUUCCUUUAUAUCAAACACAAAGAAGCUUAUGAACACCUCCACCGCAAACGGACCACUAGCUUGUCUCAAUGGUCUAAGAGUUGUCAGCAUGUUUUGGGUGAUUCAAGGCCAUACAUAUGCAUUUGCUAGUUCUUUUCUACAAGAUCCUCUCUAUGCAUUAAAAAUACUUGCAAGCAGAUUUUCUUUCCAGCCAAUUUUAAAUGGCACCUAUUCUGUCGAUACCUUUUUCUUCCUAAGUGGCUUAUUAGUAUGUUACCUCGCCUUAAGGGAAUUUUCGGAAAAGGGGAGAAUAAAUUGGGUGUAUUACUUUGUACACAGAUAUUGGAGGCUGACCCCUGUGUAUGCAAUAUGUCUCAUGUUCUUUACCACAGUGUACUUAAUAAUGAUCACAGGCCCAUACCAAUGGCUAAUUCUAGACCCUGAUGGACCAGUAUAUCCUUCAACCAACGAAUGUAGAACCUACUGGUGGUCUAACCUUCUCUACAUCAACAACCUAUUCCCCCACUAUGGUGCUGAGAGUAAUUGUUUUGGGUGGGCAUGGUAUCUAGCUAAUGACAUGCAGUUUUAUGUAUUUCUCAGUCCCAUUGUUAUUGUGUUGCUCCACAAACAUAAGAAAAUAGGUCUUGCAUUUUGUGCAUUCCUCAUUGCAUCCUGUAUAGCUGCUAGAGCCGUGACUGCCAACUACUAUGGUAUGAACUAUGCUUCACAGGUAACAAAACAUACAGAUGAACCUUACGCCAUUGCUCCUAUCUAUGUCAAACCUUAUUGCAGAUGGUCAGUGUACAUUAUUGGUAUGCUUACUGGGUAUUGUCUACACAAAACAAAAUGUCACCUUAGAAUGAACAAAAUCACUGUGGCAAUUGGUUGGGCUGUUAGUAUUUCUAUGGCAUUAUCUGUGAUUUAUGGCAUGUACUACUAUUACAGUCAUCCUGGAACAGAGCCAACCAAAACAGGAACCAUAUUUUAUAUAUCCUGUGCCCGAACAGCCUGGGGUUUCACCCUGGCUUGGCUGGUAGUGGCUUGUGCUGCUGGUUAUGGGGGCUGGGUGAAUGCAAUUCUCUCUUGGAAAUUCUGGGCUCCCAUGGGGCGACUUACAUACUGUGCAUACCUAGUCCACCCAAUGAUUAUCUUUGGGUUUUACUUAAACAUGGUGACUCCUAUCCCAUACUCUGACACUACUGUCAUUUACAUAUUCAUCAGUAAUCUGGUGCUGUCGUACGGAAUAGCUUAUAUUGUUUCCAUGGCGUUUGAAGCGCCUAUGAUGCAGCUCGAGAAAAUCAUACUUGGGAAAGCUUAGGAGGAAUGAUGAAAGUGAUAAGAAAUAAUUCUAACAUUACCUCUGAAUAACAUGACAAGGACACUUUUAUUUUCUACAUUUUUUGUAUUUCUGUGGAUUACAUUUAUAUUAUACUAUUGUAAUAGUUUUCAAAUGCUAUCUUAAUGACUUGUGAUAAUUUUACAGUGUGUUUUAUUUCCCUAUCAAUAGUUGUAAAUGAUGAUGUUAACUCAUGAAGACUAACUUUUGGUAUUAUUUCAUCCGUAUGACAUGUGUAAAUCAUUGAAGUUGUAAUGUUUUUGAACACUGGAUUUGAUUGCAGAAAUACAGAAAUAAUUUUCA